AUGACUAACUUUCAGCAUAAUAUUCGAAUUGCCCUCCGUCCCGCAGACAUGACCGAGCGCCUCAAGGAACAGAAUCGAUACAUCGAAAACGAUUUCAUGGACGAUACGGGAUCCAAGCAUAUGUUGAUGUAUGAGCAGGAUGGCCUCAAGGUCGAAGAUUUCUGCAACUUCAUCACGCUAGAGGCGGGUCAGACAUUCGUCCGUACCGCAGCUGGAACUGAAUUUUCAGAGUCGUCCAUAUCGAGGCAGCCUUAUUCUGGGAUUACAAAAUGCCUAGUACCACUGAAAAACUUCAAAUCACUCCCUGGACAGCGAUUACCUGCUACGUGGCACCCGGUCGUCAGACUACCUGAUAGUCAAGGAAGACUGUACAUGUCAGAUCAAAUGCUUGGCAACACUAGGUAUCUUACCGAAUAUGAGCAGAGUCAGAGGGUGCCACCGCCUCUUGUAGCAUACCAUAAUGAUCGGACGAAAUUGAUGCAGCCUGUUUGGGCAAUUGGCCAUUACGCGCCUCCCUCGCCUCCUACAGUUGAACAUGCGCCUGCUCAGCAGCCCCAUCCUGGUUUCUAUGACGCUAAUUUGUGGUCUGAGCCACCUACCUUGCAGGAAUGUAUUGCGGGAAUCUUAGGUCGAAUCUUUUCGUGA